CGGACACAGUACCUUCUUUGUUGCUAUGGUAACAACGUAAGGCCUUUUAACAAGUCCGGCGGGUCAGAGGACAGACAGUUCUGAUAAUAAAGACUUUUCUGAAUGACACCUAAGGAUAAAGAUGAUUAAAAUCUUUUCCGCUGUUACCAGAGAAGAAGGAAUGAGCACUCUGGGCCAACAGAGAGGACACUGCUUGCCUUGCUGCAGUGGUUCAGGUAUUCCUAGGCUGAGUCUAGAGUAACAUCCUUGCCUGGAUUAUGAUGAACCUGGUCAUGUGUGUUUGUGCUCUGAUCCUGGAUCUAACCUCGGCCCACAGCCGGGCGCUCACGCAGAGCCGCAUAAUAGGCGGUCACGCCGCCGCACCAAACUCCAUCAAAUACAUGGUAUCGCUGCAGAGCACAAGCGGCCAACACUUCUGUGGGGGAUCGCUAGUUCACAGGUACUGGGUUCUGACCGCAGCGCACUGUAACAUCGGGGCAGAUCAGAUGAUGAUCGUGGCGGGGGACUACAGGGUAAAAGUCUUCGAGGGCACAGAGCAGUACGCUAAACCCCGCAGGCUCGUCGUUCACCCCCUGUACAACAGCAGCACCAACAACGCUGACAUCAUGCUCGUCAAGUUGCGUGCCCCUAUGGUCCUGAACAGGUUUGUGUCACUGGCGCCUCUCCCCAGACAAGGGACAGGCGUGGUCGAGGGCCACCUGUGUCAGGUGUCUGGAUGGGGCCACAAUAGUGUGGGUGGAGGCCAGGUCCCUAUCACGCUCAGGACGGUCACGGUGCCCAUUGUGUCGGCCGCCAGAUGCAACAGCAGCGACUCCUUCGACGGCAACAUCACGGCCAACAUGAUCUGCGCCGGCUACCAGAGCGGAGGAAAAGACGCAUGCAAGGGAGACUCGGGUGGUCCGCUGGUGUGCAGGGGCCGGGUGUACGGCGUGGUUUCAUGGGGCAAUGGCUGUGGCAACGGCAAGUUUCCCGGCGUGUACACAGCCGUGUCCAGAUUUCGCCGCUGGAUAGAUCAGACCAUCUACGGGCCGCACCUGCGCUGCUUUGGAUACAAAUGAAGCUCCGAGUCUUCUCUUGCUGGUGCAGAAGCGAUGCAUCUUUUGCUCUGAAACAUCAAUAGUUUUAGGAAAGGUCUGUGUCACCUACCAUAGUUACUGUUUACAUGCCUCGUACUCAUGUAAUGCCAGUCAAGUUCAAAAGCUGUGAUAAAAUGCAGUUUUAUGACAAUAAAUACCAUUUAGAGAAGAUGUCAUAUUUGUAUUGUUCUCAGUUGAAAAAUAAGAAUGUAUAAAAAGUCCUGAUUAAGCCAUUUUUUAGGGCCUGAUAUAGGGGGUGUCUCUUGAGCUUUUUCACAUUUUGUCCCAUCAAACUACAAGCCUUGAUGUGUUUUCUUGGGAUUUAUGUGAUAGACCAGCACAAAGCAGUGCAUUGUGUCGUCAAGUGGUAAUUAGGUCUCCUCUUUACGUUUGAACAUAUUGCGUCUCAUGUUACUUGCUCCCUUUCGUGUUGUCCUCCUACCUGGAAACUAGUGCCAAUCAUACGACAAUAGAAGUCUGUAGCUGGUAAGUGACAAGACGUGAAAAACUCCAAGGAAUAUGA